AUGGCACACACUUGGAAGACGUUGAUCCUAAGUCUGCUGCUGACUUCAGCGGGAUCUCUGGCUGUGCCACCUGUGAGGCAUCCUUACCUGGAUGGACGCAUUGUUGGUGGCGUUGCGGCAACCAUAGAGGAGUAUCCUUAUCAAAUCUCACUGCAACGCACUUAUCACAUGUGUGGCGGCUCCCUGAUAGGAGAGGGUGUUGUCCUUACCGCCGCCCACUGUGUCGACAGCUCCACGGCAAUCAGCUCCAGAGUACGCAUAGGAUCCACUCGGAAGGAUACGGGUGGAGUGCUGGUGGAGAUCAAGCGCAUUCAUCGUCAUCCCAAAUACGAUCCUCGCAUUAUAGACUAUGACUUUGCAGUCCUCGAGUUGCAGCCGUACAAUGCGACGAAUAUCACGCAGUCAUUUGUGAAGUUGCCGGAGUUGAACGAGGAUAUUCCGGAUGGAACGCCCGUCACCAUCUCGGGCUGGGGCAACACACAGAACGAGGCGGAAUCCGACAGGGAUUUACGUGCCGUAAUCGUGCCCAAGGUGAGCCAGACAUAUUGCGAAUCGGCGUAUAGUUCGUUUGGCACCAUUACGGAUCGAAUGCUUUGCGCUGGACUCCAAGAAGGCGGAAAAGAUGCCUGCCAAGGGGAUUCGGGUGGUCCGUUGGUUGCCCAUGGCAAACUAUGGGGCGUUGUCUCCUGGGGCUACGGCUGUGCAAGACCCGAUUACCCGGGCGUGUAUUCCAGGGUAGCGUCGGUGCGAGAUUGGAUUGCUUCUGUCAGUGGUGUUUGAAAUACAAAAUGUUUAUUAAAGUAUAAAAAAAAACGAUUUUCUAACAAGUUAUAAUUUAAGAGACAAUUUAUAAAAUAUAUCUUUACUUGCAUAACGUAAUUUUUAAAUUCAAAA